CUGCGGCCAUAUUCAGUCCUGUCCGCUGGCGCUGGCUUGUGUUUUGUCGGUUAUUGCAUUUAUUUUGAUAGAAAAAGGAGAAGUGAUCCAGAAUUUCGGAAGCGACGGCAGCAGGCAUUGGAAGCCCAGAAGGCGUCAAGCAUACCGUUGCCUCCACUUAAUGACCCCGGUGCACUACACAAAUUUUUCCUCGAGCAGAUACAACAAGGCGAACUGGCUUUAAGCAUGGGUGCGAUAGAAGAAGGUGUUCAACAUUUCGCUGUAGCGGUGACAGUUUGCGGCCAACCCUCGCAAUUGUUGCAAGUCCUUCAGCAAUCCCUUAGCCCCACGGUGUUCUCUAUGAUUGUAGAAGCAUUACCCAGCGUAAGAACGAAUUUAAAUGCUCCGCCUUUACUGGAGUAUUACUUAUUGAGUUAA